GCUCUGCUGAUGGAGACCGCCAAGCUCAACCCCAUCAUCCGGGAUGUCUACGGGGCUGCAGGUCGUGUCCAGCAAGCGCCGGCCGCUGCCUCAGCGCGCAGGAGCAGCAGCUGCCGCGAGCUCAUGAUCAAGCUGACGGAGGGGCAGUACGUGCUGUGCCGCUGGACCGAUGGGCUCUAUUACCUCGGAAAGAUCAAAAGGGUGAGUGGCUCCAAGCAGAGCUGCCUUGUCACGUUUGAGGACAACUCCAAGUACUGGGUCCUCUGGAAGGACAUCCAGCAUGCCGGCAUCCCCGGGGAGGAGCCCAAGUGUAACAUCUGCCUGGGAAAGACGUCGGGCCCCAUGAACGAAAUCCUCAUCUGCGGAAAGUGUGGGCUGG